UGGAGCAGCUGUGUGAGGUUAAACACAGCGAGGGGCUCAGAGCAGCCGUUCAGUGCGAGAUCCAAUCAGACAGGUUGCACCUGCACUGUACAGAUGUUCCACACUCACACACUCACGCACACACAUUCAGAUACACAACACAUACACUGAAAGACUUCAGCCAUAAACCCACACACACUCAGAUGGGAAGUUUGACUCUGGAGCCAUGAGCGUGGUGAGAGAAACAACAUCACUGACCCAACCACUGACAUCCUCCAAACGGCACAAGAGUGUGAGAAAGAGCUCCAGGAAGAUCUACACACCUUACCAGGACAAUCCAGUUUCCUCUGAUGAUGAAGAUAAGGAUGCAGAGCGGGUGGACAGUAAUGAUCCUGAGGAAAUGUUCCAGAAUAUUCAGUACCAGAAGGAAAUCAUUGCCAACAUCCGAACACGACCCUGGCCAAUGAGACGCAAGCUCAAAGUCUUAAAGCAGGCCAGGGAGAUUGUGCUGAAGUAUGAAGGUAGGCUGACCAGGACACGAGGAUACCAGGCUGCAGGCGCAGACCUGUUAAAGAAGAUUUCAAGAGUCCUCUACAACAUCCUUGUUUUAUUCAUCCCAUGGGAAAUGAGGAUUAAAAAGAUUGAAAGUCACUUUGGAUCCGGUGUGGCUUCAUACUUUAUUUUCCUACGAUGGUUAUUUGGGAUUAACAUCGUCCUCACAAUUAUGACUGGAGCUUUUAUUGUCCUUCCUGAGCUCCUCGCUGGUGCUCCUUUUGGCACCACACGCAGCAAAACCAUCCCUAAAGACCAAAUCGCCUCAGCUCAGGACCUUGACACCAUCUGGUCACUUGGGGGUUACCUGCAGUAUUCCGUGCUUUUCUAUGGCUAUUACGGAAACGUGCGUAAGAUUGGCAGCGCCGGUUACCGCCUGCCCCUGGCCUACUUUCUUGUUGGGAUGGCUGUUUUUGCCUACAGUUUCAUCACUCUCUUAAGAAAAAUGGCGAAGAACUCACGGUUAAGUCUAUCCAGCGCUUCCAGUGAGAACUACACAUUCUGUUGGCGAAUCUUCUGUGCCUGGGACUACUUGAUCGGUAAUCCUGAGGCUGCUGAGAGCAAAGGAGCAGCAAUAGUCAAUAACAUCAGGGAGGCCAUUGUGGAAGAGCAAGAGAAGAAGAAAGAAACCAGCCUAGCGGUUUUGAUCAGCUUGCGGAUUCUAGCCAACAUCCUGGUCCUGCUGUCGCUGGCUGGCAGCAUCUACAUCAUCUACUUUGUUGUGGAUCGCUCGCAGAAGCUGGAGCAGCAGAAAGCAGAGCUAACUCUGUGGGAAAAGAAUGAGGUGAGUGUAGUGGUCUCCCUCAUUACUAUGAUCGCUCCGUCUGCUUUUGAGCUGGUGGCCCAGUUGGAGAUGUACCAUCCAAGAACCAGCCUUCGUUUCCAACUUGCCAGGGUGCUGGUGUUGUAUCUUGGAAACCUCUAUAGUCUGAUAAUCGCCCUGUUGGACAAAGUGAAUAGCAUGAGCUCUGAAAUUCCAGGGAACUGGUCUGACUCCACGUCUUACCUGGCCACCAUUUCCCAGCCUGCAGAGACCAACGUGUCUACCAUUGUCCCAGAGAUCACUGAGGGAAGGAAUGGUACUUUCACCAUGGCUGUAAUAGACCUAAACCGUACCAACCUCAGUGUCAAGCACACUGUUGUGUCUGGACCGUCAGCACCAGUCCUAACUGGAAUGAACCAGUCCAUACUAUAUGAAUACAAUGGCAAAACCCAGCAGGAUCAGUGCUGGGAGACGUAUGUUGGGCAGGAAAUGUUGAAGCUCUCGAUCAUUGACAUGAUCUUCACCGUGGCUAGCAUUUUGUUGAUCGAUUUUAUCCGGGGCCUGGUGGUUCGAUACCUGAGCGACUGCUGCUGCUGGGAUCUGGAGAGCAAAUUUCCUGAAUAUGGUGAAUUCAAGAUAGCUGAAAAUGUCCUACAUCUAAUAUACAACCAGGGAAUGAUAUGGAUGGGGGCUUUCUUCUCACCCUGCCUGCCUGCCUUCAAUGUGCUGAAGCUAAUCGGACUCAUGUACCUGAGAAGCUGGGCUGUGCUCACCUGUAAUGUUCCUCAUCAACAGGUCUUCCGGGCUUCCAGAUCUAAUAAUUUCUACCUGGCCAUGCUCCUCUUCAUGCUCUUCCUCUGCAUGCUACCAACCAUCUUUGCGAUUGUGAGGUACAGGCCAUCACAGCACUGCGGACCUUUUAGUGGUCAAGAGAAGAUUUAUGACAUCAUCUCCGAGACAAUAGACAAGGACUUUCCUGCGUGGUUUAGUAAAGUGAUGAGUUAUGUCACAAGUCCUGUGGUGGUUCUGCCAGCUCUCUUGCUCCUCUUCAUGCUGAUCUACUACCUGCAGUCCAUCGCCAGAUCUCUCAAAUUCACCAACAACCAGCUGAGAAUGCAGCUUCAGACCGAACGCACAGAAGACAAGAAGAAAGUGUUUCAGUUGGCCGCAGCACGUCUCCAGCCACCGGAGGGUGGUGAGCAAAAACCCGAGCAGGAGAGUGACAUCACUAGCAUGGAGUCACCAGCCCGGUCUGCUUCCCCUCCACGUCGCAACGGCAGCGUCAACAAAAUCGUUUCACCUGGCCGUCGCAGCAACAGCAUCCGCACGAUUGCCCAGUCAGCCUCUCGGCCUGAUGACAGAAGUCCCUCCAUCCUUGUGAGACCCAAGCCUAGCAGUGCUUACAGAGUAUUCGGCAGCCCCUCCAUUCCCCAGAGGGAGAUUCACAGGGUGGAAUACAUCCCCAUCAGGCAUCCAGCCUAUCCAGGCCGCUCCAAAUCAUACCAUCACAUGGCCUACAAUCCUUCUGUGCGCUUCUCUGAGAGUGUCCACUCAGACCCGGUGUUCAGGAAGAGCCUCAGGCCCAUGCACCCAGAGCCUGGUAUUGUCACAGCACAGAGCUACCUGGGCCGGCGUGCUCACACCACCCGGUACGUCAUCCUAAACGAGCACGAACCACGCAAGAAGAUUAUGCGUUCCACCAUGCGUCUGCCAAGGCACUACCGCGUGGUGGACGAGCCAGCCGAGAUCGUGGAGCUUUACCCCCGCAAUGUGAAGUGCUACAUUCCCCGGAGUCAGCAACCCCACCUCAGCGAAGAAGAGGAAGAAGAUGAAGCCAACGACGGUGGAAAGAGAGGGUCUUUAGGGCACUCACACCGGCCGAGGUCACUCUCCGAUCUCCAUCAGAGAUCACCGGCACGCUUUUACAUUGGCGAAACUCUGGAGAGCCGCCUAGCACGGAGAGUGUAUGGAGAGGAAGAAGAGGAAGAUUAUCUAGAGUGGGAAGAGGAAGGCCCUCGUACCCGCUCCCGGACAAGUAUUAAGGUCACGGAAACACCACAUAGGCAUGGGGAACCUCAUGUCAAACCCAAGAACAAACGCAAGGGGGAGCCGUCACUGACCGAGUCAGAUUCGGCCUCACUAGAGUCCAGCAGUGACCAGCAGAACAGCAGCACUGACCAGUACAUCCAAGUCAUCCACAACAAAGAGAAAUACCUAAAACACAGCACUAAGAUGACUAAAAAGAAGACCAAAACCAGCGCUGAACUGAACACAACUGGAUCAAAAGAUCUAGUGUGCUCAAAUGUUUGACUAAAUUUACUGCUUAUAUAAUAACAACACUGAAGGUUCCAGUAGUUGUGUUGCACAUAUGCUGUCUUAUCAUGUUUUAAAGCACAUAUUUUAGGCAAAACUACAACAACCAAAAUGUAGGACCUACAUUUUUUGCAAAAGUAAAAUGGAAUAUAUUGUGUAUAUGAUAUUAUAAAGCGAUCUAUAUCAAGACCUAUAUACAGUAUGUAAUAUAAAGAUUAUUUAGAAUUGAAUCUCCCAAUGGCAUAAAUAAUAUAAUAGACACAAGUUAUAUUCCAGAAAAUUUUCAGAUCACACAUAAUCUUUAAUUUUUUUAUUGAGAUAUACACGGUGGAUAAAGGUAAGUGUUGUUAAUUAAUAUUAUAGAAGAACUACAUACUUUGUGAACUAGACAGAAUGAAAAACUUCAUCUGAAUUUAAGAACUAUACACACCUAUUAUACACUUAUUUACAACACUUUGGAACAUGCAUUUCUGGAUUACAUAGCAUGGUAUUCAAGUAGGGACAACUUUUUAGCCACAUUUAUUGAGCAUGUUAAGCAUUUUUUUUCCCACAUCACCUCUAAUGGGAAACACAUUUUGGACAAAUGUUGUAUGGCAUCUAGAUAUUUUUUCAUCUAUGACAAAUAUAUUGCUUUAAGCAAUGUGGUCUUCCUUCAAAUCUCUACUUUAUUGACAUGAACAAAGUAGGGACCUAUAAUGCAACAGUCCUCGAGGGUGCAUGAGUUUAGAAGCUGAGCAGAGAGACACAAUGUGGUGACAAACUUGAUGCUUCCUUACUCGGGCAAAAUCAUUUACAGGUGCAUGGCUGUGACCAGUGAAACUGUGAAACCUGGUUUCAUGAGAAAUUUGUAUGAAUUCUAACAAACAAUUGUGAUGUGGGUGAAUUUAGUUAAAUCUGUUACAAAUGAAGUAAUAAGAACAUCCAGAACAUCUAACCCUGCAAGGCUGCAAGUCUAUCAGUUACAAAUUACAAACUUUUUAAAAAGUGUAUGACCAUGUUGGUGAAACUGAGGCAAAUAAAGUUUAGAGAAAUUUUGUCAGUCCCAGCACCAAGAUGACUUCUUAAAUGUAUAUCAUUUAUGAGAUCAAAAAUAAAGUGGUUUUAGAAAGCUCUAUCUGAGGACACCAUGAGGCAGCAAUUUGUGUGUGAGGAAGCUGGAUCUGGUCAAAACGGUCUGCUCCUUCGUGGCACUUGGACAGAGUGAGCCUUGUAUAUAAAUCCAAAUGAAAAUAGUUUAAUCAGUAUGACCUGUCAGGCACUUGUUCGCAUAUUUGACUAGGAUGGCAGGGUACAGUGAUAUGUUUUAAGUGCAAUAACAGUGUCUCGCAUAUGUGCAAUGGAGCUGGAGGAUGGCUGAGGGCGCUUGAGGCCCUUAGCUAGAUUCAGUUAAUAAUAAUUUAAAUAAAAGAAAAGUCCCUGGUUGCAGUCUGUCCGUUUACAUCAGGUGACCUAAUGUUGGGCUAAAGACAAAAAUCCCUCAAGAUAAACUUCUAGCAGAUGAAUCAGUGUCUAAACUGAAUCUUUAGGUUCUGAGAAUAAGAAUAAAGAUCCUCUUGGGACUAAAGCCACAGCUAAAUUUAGAAACGGAAAAGUAAGAAUAAACAAAAUAGAGAUAAACCUAGUAUACUUCAUAUUUAGUAGC